CAGCUACUAGCUUUUACCAAUGGCGGCCCUUGUUAUCCAAUCCUAUCUUUGAACUUGGGAUACAACUCUUAGAAGUCGUUGAAUUGGAAAAUGAUGUUUGAAAAUGAUGAUUAUGAGGCUGAUCUUGCCCUUCUUGAAACCAUUAGAAGACAUUUGCUUGAUGAUUCUCAGAUGCCUUUCGUACUUUCCAAUAACGGAAUCGAAUCCAGCUCUCCCGAAUUGUCAGAGACGCUGACAAUGGAAGAAAGUGGUUCUCAUGACAUGUUUCUGUGUGGCGUCAUCAGCGGCGCCACCGAUGCGGGGUGGUUGCCACCUUUGGCUUCUGCUCCGAUGGUUGUCAAGCCUGAGCCUCAAGUUUCCUUUGAAAUGCCCACAAUUCUGAAUUUUCCGGCAGCAGCGACGAUGGAGAGGGCGACAGCAGUGUCGCCAGUGCCUCCUAGGGGGAAGCAUUACAGAGGGGUUAGGCAGCGACCAUGGGGGAAGUUUGCGGCCGAGAUACGGGAUCCAGCGAAGAAUGGGGCCCGGGUGUGGCUCGGGACAUAUGAGACGGCGGAGGACGCGGCGUUGGCAUAUGACCGGGCUGCAUAUCGCAUGCGCGGGUCACGGGCUAUGCUAAACUUCCCACUGAGGAUAAACUCCGGUGAGCCGGCGCCGGUUAGGAUUACGGUGAAGAGAGCAGCAGUAUCGCCGGAUCGCUCUUCGUCUAUGAAGAAUGGGUUGUUGCGGAAACGUAAGACGGCGGCGCCCAAGAUGGUGCAACUUGCAAGUGGUGAAAUAAAAAAGGUCCAAGUGGAUUCGACUUCACAGUGACAAAACAGGGAUUAAGUUUCUAGUUUGGUGGACGACAAAAGUACAUGUUUUUGUCUUUUAUUGAGACCAUGUUGUUUAUUUCUUAUUCGAUUCAUUCAACAAUUGUAUUCUUGAACCUUGUUUACUUUUCCAAUAAUGAGAUAUAAAUCAAAAAUGAAUAUAUGAUGUUA